AUGGCCGAUCACGCUCACUCGGCAGAGGAAUUGGCGCCCUACACUGAGGAGGAGAACAAGAUCUACUUCAUCCGCGAGAGCGAUUGGACUCAGUGUCCUGCGUACCUCUUUGGCCAGGAGGACUAUUUGGGCAUCGGUGUGGUUGUGAUCCAGGAGUGGUGGGGCGUCAACCACCAGAUCAUCGAUGUGGCCAAGCACGUGGCCGACAAGGGAUUCCGCACGCUAGUUCCCGACUUGUACUACACUCUCUUUUUCCUCCAUUGCACGCACAUUUGGAACUGCAACCAACAGCUCAUUGUCAUUCUCGAUGUCAUCGUCAUCGUCAUCGUCAUCGUCAUCGUCAUCGUCAUCGUCAUCGUCAUCGUCAUCGUCUGCGCCAUCGACAACGAGAACGCCGGUCAUCUGAUGGACGGUCUGAACUGGCCCGCCGCGGUUCAGGACAUCAAGGGUGCCGUGCAGUACCUCAAGGCCACCGGCUCGCGUAAGGUGGCCGUCAUCGGUUUCUGCAUGGGCGGCGCCCUCUCCCUCGCCAGCGCUGCGCUUGUGCCCGAGGUCGACGCUGCUGUGCCCUACUACGGCAUUCCGCCGGCCCAGUUGGCCGACGUGUCGACCAUCCGCGUGCCCAUUCUCGGCCACUUCGCCGAGCUGGACACCUACGCCGGUUUCUCUGAUCCUCAGGCGGCGCGCGACCUGACGGAGAAGCUCAGGUCGGCCAACGUCGAUUCUCAGAUUAUUAUGCACAAGGGUGUGGGCCACGGCUUUGUCAACCCCAUUCACGGCGCUCCUCAGUCGGUGAUCGAUGAGUCGUGGGAGCAGACCUUCGCUUUCAUCAGGAAGAAGCUGAACGUGGCCAGCGUGGGCUUCCCGGCGCCUCACUUCGAGGAGGAGGCAGUCGUCGGACAGGACUUCAAGACCCUGAAGCUCUCCGACUACAAGGGCAAGUACCUGGUGCUCUUUUUCUACCCGCUUGAUUUCACCUUCGUCUGCCCUACCGAGCUGCUUGCCUUCUCCGACCGCAUCAAGGAGUUCCAGGCCCUCAACACCGAGGUGGUGGGUGCGUCCGUGGACAGCAAGUAUGCGCACCUCGCGUGGUUGAACACUCCGCGCAAGGCCGGCGGCCUGGGCGGCGCUCUCAACUACCCGCUCAUCGCCGAUCUCCGCCAGAAGAUGGCCAGGGACUACGACGUCCUGAUCGAGGGCGAGGGCCACACCCUCCGGGGCCUCUUUAUCAUCAACCCGCAAGGUGUCGUGGUGCAGAUCACCAAGAACGACAGCCCCGUGGGCCGCAACGUCGACGAGGUCCUUCGUCUCGUGCAGGCGUUCCAGUACGUCGACGAGCACGGCGAGCUGGAGAGCGGGUUUGACGUCGUGCAACAUCAUGUCAAGGUGUGCCCCGUGAACUGGACCCCCGGCGCGGCCACCAUGAAGCCGGAUCCCAAGGCCUCGCUGAGCUACUUCGAAAAGGCCUGGAGCAGCUCUUCGUCGUCGUCUGCGCCCGCCGCCACCAGCACGACGACCACCACGUCGACGCCCACUUCGACCACCAUCACCACCCCGACUGCCAGGCCCACGCCUGCCCAGCGGCAGUCGGAGAGCAGCUGCAGUCUGUCGUCGACCAACCUGUUGACGAUCAUCGCCGGUGCGCUGGUGGGCGUGGCGGUGCUCGUCGGCUCCAAGAAGCUCUACGACGUCUACCGUCGCCGUUGA